AACAUUUCAACUAUUCACCAAAGUAGUCACUAGUUAAAUUUAACUAGUAGAUGAACACAUUGUUCGCUUGAGUCUUAUAAAACGAGGCUCAAACAUGACUUGUAUUCUCCAGAUACCACGAUCCGAUGCCUCUGAUGGAUCGACUCUACUCGUCAAAGUCGAUGUGCACAAGACCGACCCUUUAGAUAUCUCGUUAACAGCAACGGAAGGAGAAUACGCGUACACUGGUGCAGUUCGCAAGAACCAACUCGACAAACUGAAAUCAAGAUCCUAUCCGGGCAAUACUGAGCAAUGGCGAAAAUCACUGCUAGAGGUGCUACACGUAAAAAGUCAUCAUCGCAUAACCCACAUGCAGGAGAAGCUGGAAGCUUCCGCAGCGAUUGCACACGAAAUGGUCACUAUUUCAAUAAGAGAGAACAUUGAUGGUAUCGUGCAAAAGAUUGGUUCAAUUCACCUGCACCACAGUGAAGACCAGGAAGUGGAACUAUUUGACUGGACAAAUCUUGCAGCCAACGAGUCUGCUCGUACCAGGAAAGAUAUCGCUACAUUGACCCAAAAGAUUGAAUCUCAAUCAGAAACCAUUGUGCGACUUACCGAACAGCUGGAAAAAAUUGCUAGCGAGAAGGCCACCCAUGAGGAAUUGCUGUUAAAGCAAUUUCAGGACCUUUUGAACUCCAAGAAACUCAAGAUCAGAGAUCAACAAAGAAUCAUGCUAAGAAACAAAGAGCAAACGUCAUCAAACCACGAUGAUCGGACAGGGUCUGACACACCUCAAUCGACCGAUAUGUCGGGUACCGAUAAUGAUAGUAGUCAUGAAAGGCCAGAGGGUCUAAAGCGGUACCUGACCGGACUUAAUCAGGCUAAAAGAGCACUGGAGAGGGACAGUACCAUGAGGGAUAACAGUGAAAGCCAUAACAAGAAUGAGACGGCUGCACAGAACUCAAACAGCCAUAGCAAAGGCCGCUCCCCUUCUGAUGUAUCCAGUCGCUCAGACAAAGGUCCCGGAGGUGGCGAUUCGUCACCAAAACAAAGAGAAGACGAUACAGAAGAAGAAGUGACGGAUGAUGAUGAGUUAUGAUCUAAGGUUCAAAUCUGAUUGAUUGUCCAAAUUUUUUGUUAAAAUCCGUCGACUAACAAAAAGCUGUCGUACCUAUAAGAGAAGCAGUCCAGGGAAAUAUCAGCAUAAAAAGCCGAAACCACUGUAGAAGCUCGUCAGAAAAUAAAAAGCACGACUGCUUAGCCUGCC